AUGCUCUGCGACGUCUGGACGCUCGCCAGAAACGCCAGGAAGCUUGCCUUCCACCCCUGGGCCCGAGGGCGAACGGCAGUGGUCGGCAGCCUCUGCGACGCUCCGAUCGGCUCCUCGACCUCAUCGCCUGCGACGAGCCAGCAUGGCUCGUCGCUCGACGGCAGCCUGCCCAGUAUGCUCUUGGCAUUCUGCCCGCAUGGCGCGCUGCUCGAUGGCAGCCUGCUCAGUACGCCUUGGACAGUGACUUCUGCCUCGCUGCUCUUCCUGCAGCCGCCUCCGGGACCGGCGCCAGCCGCCUCGCCUCGCCAGCAUUUCUUCUCCCUGCUGCUCGCCGACUCCUCCUCCCCCCGCAUGACCGACGACUACCCGACCUUCGGCGACUCCUCCCUCUUCGGCGCCAACGUCUACUACCCGUUCGCGGCCCGGUGA